AUGAGUGAUCAGUAUGACUAUGAAGGGUUUGAAUCGCCGGCAUCCACUGGGCCCGAGUACAAGAUCCGUCAAGUUGUAUUCCGUUAUGUGUUUGCCAUCUUUCUAAUCCUGGGCACGGUUGGGUCGUUUCCCUGUAUUGUAUUGCUGAACCGCUACAGUCACACGGUGUGGUCAACAUGCGUAUACCUCUCACUUCUCCUUGGAAUCGACCUGGUCAAGCUGUAUGUCCAUUGCGGAAAUCACUGGUUCGAUGCCGUAGCUGAUGAAAAUCUUAGCUGGAACAUACUCGUCAUCUCAAAUUCUAUCUGCAAAGUUUAUACUUUUCUUUUGAGUUUCUUCAACCACAUGUCCUCGUGGAUUGUUGUUGCUGCCACAGUCGAGUUACUCAUCGCCAUACGGUUCCCGCGACACAUGUACACGAUGUGUACGCGGGAGCGAUCUCAAGCCGUCAUUCUGUUUAUCAUUGUCUUACUAAUCUGCCUCAAUCUUCACUUCUUCUGGACGGUAGGGCUAAGUCUGCCUGGUCAGUCUCCAGAAAUUAUCACACCCUACUGUCAUAACAACUACGAAUUGUCGGAAGAAUUUCGAAUAAUCAUCUGGCCUCUUGUUGAAUUCUUUGUCCAAAAUGCAAUUCCGAUGAUUUCAGUAUUUUCAUGCCUGUGUGUCUGCUUCUGGCAUGUCGUCCAAAACAUCGGAAAGAAACGCCAUAAAAAGGAAGUAGAAUCGUUACUAGGCAAGUACUUCCUGGAUUUAAAGACCCUCCAUGAAAUGAAAAAAGCGACAGCAUUUUUGUCAAUAUAUUUCCUGAUGAACUCAUCAUGUACCGUUAUUCAAGCAGUCUUCAUCAAAUUUCUGAGUGUGGAUUUAAAUUUUGCUCUUUUUGACAUCAUUUUGCGGACAAUGGAUUACGCCUACUUGAGUUUAAAACCGUACAUUUUCAUUGUGUUUUGUCGGAAGCUACGACAGGAUAUGCUGAGUACGUUUAAGUACUGUCAGUCAAACAAACAUUAUCAAGUCUCCGCAAGGAAACGCAGUUCUUCUAUUGAGGUCAAUCGCUCCACAAAUUCAAUCAACAAUGCCGCUGGUGCACGUCCGAAAAUCUACACAGCUACUGGCAUCGGUACUUCCACUGGAGUCUGA